CCGGUGUUGGUUGUGCGUUGUGUCGCAGACGAAACACAUCAUCUAAAUUCGAGUGAAGUGCGAAGUGAAAAGGAUUCGCCAAAGCAGGACUUUAGUGCGCGAAGAAAGACAGAAAAUCGGUACCAUUUCUCUUUGGCAAUAGAGAAACAAAAACUGUGCUAAAGUUUUUGACCCCACCACCAUCAUCGUCAUCAUCGCCGUCGUCAGCGAGAUGCUGCGCGGGGAAUGAAUUGUUUGCCUUUCGCUGGUGCCACGAGCGGUGUAUACAAAACAGUGCCCAAAACGGAAAACCGGUUCGCACCAGCUCUGGGCGCGACGACAGUGACAUGCGAGCAGCUGUUCGUUCGGUGGGCAAGAUAGAGACAACGGAUACAAACACAAAAGAAACGGGAGCAAGCGCGCUUGGUUUGUGACACAACUCACGAGCGCACGAACGCACGCACGCACGCACGCCUGCAGCAGCUGAUUGGAGGUGCAAUUAGUGGCAGAGCGGGACAACGUCGUCCUACGAAGCAACGGCGAUCGAUAGCGGGUGCCACCCGAGACCAUCAUCCUCCGGGCUACGUUUGGAACACGCUAUCUUCUCUAUCGACGUGACCGUGGGGUGCUUAAGAUCGUGUUGCCGUAGUGUCCUUGAGCUGGGGGUUCAAAGAAACCGUGGCUUCCGGAGCGCGACCGCUCGGAUUUCAAAGGAUCCAUCCAGCAAGAGUGACCGGGACCGUUAAACGGGCCACACGAAGAAAGCACUUCACGCCCGGCUGCAUAAAACGUGACGCGGCGAGCUGUAACGAGCUGAUGGUGCUUCAGCGAGUUCGUUCGUGCUGAUUGUGCCUUUAUUGAGCGAAAUUUAUUCCAUCACGCAAAGGUUCGCGAGUGGCGCACUGCCGACCGGCUCAGUGCCUAGCGACCAGUUUCAGUUGAUAAUUCUGUACCGCAAAAGUCGCCACCAAUUCGUAACCGAUCGUCAAUUAGGCGAGGUCAGGUUGGUUAGCAACGGCCAAGAGCUUGUGACAACCAAAUAAGGCGUACUCCGGGGCAAGUGAACAAUUUCCACCGCCGACGACCCCGUUAGAGUGUUACCAACGGAUUCCGUCCGCUUUUGUCGGUUGAUCCGCUCUCAAAAUAGAACACCGCAGAAUGGCCAUAACCGCGGUGAGUGACCGGCGGCUACGAGCGGUGUCAACAACAAGUGUGCUGCUGCUGCUGCUGCUGACGCUGGGUACCCAGACCGGCCGGAUGGCAGACGCGGCCAAGAUUCUGGCAAUCUUCCCGGUGCCCCUGAAGCAGCACCAGCUCGUCUACCGGCCACUGCUCGAGGAGCUUGCGCAGCGAGGCCACGACAUUGUGCUGGUCACAACGGAUCCCAUGGAUCCACAGCACCGGCCGGAUCGAAUCGAGCAGAUCGAUCUCAGCUUCGCCUACCAACUUCCGGUGCUGGAGCAGCUCAACGUGGACGGGCUGGAUGGGCGCGACAUGCUGCGCAAGGUGUUUGACGUGAUGCGAACGAUCUCGGCCGAGGAACUGCAGCAUCCGGCCAUGCAGAAGCUGAUCGAAUCGGCCAGCGAGGAUGGCGGGGUGACCAAGUGUUCCCGGUUCGAUGUCGUCAUCGUGGAGUGGUCAGGCGUGACGCUGAUGAAUGCGUUCGCCGAACACUUCCGCGCGCCACUGGUCGGAAUUGCAAACGGAGGAGCCUACAUCAAUGCCCACGAGGCCCUGGGCAACCCGAACCACCCGAUCGGCUAUCCGAGCAUCUUCAUGCCGUUCAGCGAGGAUCUCAGCCUGCUGCAGCGCAUUUCGAGCGUGCUGUUCACCGUUUGGUACAGGUUCUAUUACUACACCGAGGAGAUCCCAGCUCAGAAUGCGAUCGCGAAGAGUGCCUUCGGCGAGUCCAUCUCCGAUCUGUGGCAGAUCGAACAGAACGCCGAUCUGCUCCUGAUCAACUCCUACCAGCUGCUCGGUAACGUGCGUCCAGUCGGGCCGUCUACCAUCUAUCUCGGUGGCAUCCACCAGCGGCCCACCGGCACUGGAUCAGGGCUGCCGGCCGAUCUGGAACUCUUCCUCGCCCAGUGCGACGAACCGGUCGUGUACGUGAACAUUGCAGCGCACUCCGGCCGGGCGCGGAUCGAAAAGAUCGUCAAAACGCUCGAGCAGCUCGAAGUGGCCAGCGUGUGGUCGCUGAACGAGGCUAGCGGAGUGAUCAACACCUCCGCCCGGAUCUACCAAUCGUUCAGUGUGCCGCAGGAGGAGGUUCUCG